AUGACCAAGCAGUACGAGCAACUCACCCCUGAGGAUGUGGAAUUUUUCAUGUCCAGAGGAUACGUAGUGAUCAAGAAUGCGUUCAGCAAAGAGAAAGCAGAAGAAUGGACGGAGAAUGUUUGGGUGCGCUUAGGUAUGGACCCGAAUGAUAAAAGUACUUGGACGAGCGAGAAGGUCCAUAUGCCUUGGCAUCGUCGCGAACCAGUGCAGACGUUUGCGCCAAAGGCCUGGGCUGCAGCGAAGGACCUGCUCGGCGGCGAGGAACGUAUCGCCCCCAAUGGAGCGCUUUGGGGGGACAAUUUCAUUGUGAACCUCGGUGCACCGCAAUACGAGGGCGAGGAUAAGUACAUCCAUCCGACGGAUUUGGAUAAUUGGCACGUUGAUGGCGAUUUCUUUGUCCAUUUCCUCGACUCCCCCGAACAAGCGCUCCUCGUCAUCCCGAUCUACGCACCGAUUCGUCCACGCGGUGGAGGAACAUACAUCGCACCAGACGGGAUAAACCUCAUCGCAAACUACUUGGCAUCACACCCAGAGGGUGUCCUGCCGACUGGCUUAUCCUUCACGCCAUCGACUUCAACGUACGAGAAUCAUCAAGAUCAUCCAGAUUACUUCUCCAAUUUGAAAGAAAUAAAGCGCUGCAAGGAGUUUGUCGAGCUUACGGGAGACGUAGGGGAUGUUAUUCUUAUGCAUCCUCUCAUGCUUCACUCGGCGUCAAAGAACCACACGCGUGCUCUACGCAUUAUCACAAACCCACCCGUCAGCCUUAAGGAACCAUUCAACUUCAAUCGCGAGAAUCCAGACGACGUCUCGCUUGUAGAGAAGAAGACACUGAAAGAGCUAGGAGUAGAGCGAUUGGAUUUCAAGAUAACGACAGAGCGAAGAGAAGUCGUCCCUCUGCGUGUAGCAAGACAACGAAAGAUGCUAGAGGAAGAGAAAAAGAGACUCGAAGAGCUUAAUAAAGCGAAUGCGAGCGAGGUUGCAUCUGCUUCCGCACAGCCUAUCGCAGUCGCCUAA